AAACCGACACAAGAUUUUCAUUCAAUCCCCCUUUACUGUAUAUGAACUCGAGGGUGCGUCACCUCACAUGACUUUGUGUAUGUAUGUAUAUGCACGAAAUAAAUCGUUUUUUUAGUGUUACUAUUGAUUCAGUGCGGUUAACUUGUUUCGCAGUAAUAAAAUAGUCUAUCAUCAUCACAUUUAAAAAUAAGCGUCGCCUCCUCUGCCGCCAUCAUCGAAGCAGCACAUAAGCGAAGGUUAAACUUAAGUUAAGCCAACUAACUUAACCGAUCAGUGUUCACGUUAAAGUGCUUAGAAAAAGACGUCAAGAUGUGUUGCAGCGAAGCAAUCGCGAGGAUUUUCAUGUUCGUGGCGAAUUUCGUCUUUUUAUUAGUGGGUGUUGCACUGUUCGCCCUCGGGGUGUUUUAUAAAGUGCACUACACACAAAUCACCGAAUCGAUACCGCAAGAGUAUCAAGUUCUUCAGUACGUACCGAUCUUGGCGAUCAUCGUGGGUGCCAUUAUUUUCGUGAUAUCGUUCCUGGGAUGCUGUGGUACCUUGAAAAGCAGCAUUUGCAUGCUGAAGACUUACGCUGGCAUUUUGAUUGUGAUCUUUUUGGCGCAAGUGGCCAUCGGAAUAUUCGGGUUGGUGCAGAUUAAGAAUAGCGAUGACUUAAGGCGUCAAGUGGAUAUAACUAUUAAUAACCUCUUUGAUAACUACUACAGUGGAAAAACUGGUGUUGUCGAUUUUAUUCAGCAGAACUUGAAGUGUUGCGGUACUUAUUCUCCGGCCUAUUGGACCUCCAAGGGGCAAAGUAUUCCACAGAGUUGUUACGAGAGUACUUUCCCGUUCACACAAGGUUGUACUGAUGCCGUAUACAACUUCUUACACAGCUCUGUGAGAUAUAUAGCGAUAGCUGCCAUAGCGAUAUCCGUGACUGAGAUUUUGGGAGCUAUUUUGGCCAUUGGACUGUCAAACUGUAUCAUUUCUGGUGCUACCUGGUAAAAGUGGGUUUUUAUGGACUGGAAUGUAACAGAUGUGAUAUUUUUAUGCACGGACUGAAGUGGGAGUGAUUACGAAAUGUGAAAAUAUCUUCGAGGUCCAGGUCAACAAGUUUGUAUUUUUGUAUGCGAUAUUUUGCACAAGUUUUAUUAUUAUCACAUGUUUUAAUAAACGCACUUAAAGUAAAUGCUAUAAAUGUUACCGUUUCGUCAGUAUUUUAUUAAAGUCUUUUUAUAUGCAGAUUUUAUUGAUGAAUAUUAAAUUUAUUGUUGUAUAUGUUUUCUACUAAUAAAUUAUAACAAAAUAUAAA